AGUCUGUGUUGCUGUUUUACGUUAAUUUUUUGAUGGUAUUUAAAAGAGAACAUUAAUUUCAAAACGUGCAUUAAUUUCGUAACUGAUUUAGAUCGUUUUUGUUAUUUGGUUUCGGUUUAAUAAGAACUUCUGGGAAAAUGAUGAAUGCUGCCAGCAAAGCAUCUGUCUAUGUUCCACAAUUGGUUCAGGUUCGGCAUUCAUCUGGAAAAUUGAAGGAACUUGGCAUCAGGUUGAAGGCGAUCAAGAAUAUCCAGAAGAUCACAAAAACUAUGAAGAUGAUUUCAGCUGCAAAGUUUGCACAAGCUUCCAAAGCAAUUAUCCCCGCAAGAGCUUAUGGAGUUGGAGCAUUGGCUGUUUAUGACAAAGCAAAGAUUGAGAGCGAGGCUCGACCCAAGCAGGUUUACAUCGGAGUAUCAUCCGAUCGAGGUUUAUGUGGAGCCCUGCAUUCAAACAUUGGUCGUGCAUUAAAGUCUAAGUUCGAAGAACAACCAGAUAAUGUUGAAACCAAGGUUGUGACCGUUGGUGACAAAGUGAAAGUAUUUCUGCAAAGUGGGCUGUCAGAUUCCCUAUUACUUGAAUGCAAAGAGCUUGGACGCCUCCCACCAAGCUUCAAUGACUCAGCUGUUAUUGCUGAAGAUUUGUUGGAAUCUGGUUACGAGUUCCAACAAGGAGAAGUCUUCUAUAAUUGGUUCAAGUCGGCAAUGACUCAAAUCAUUAAACAACAACCUUUCUUCUCUGUGGAAGUCAUCAACCAAUCACCCACCAUUACGGUGUACGACUCCUUGGAUGAGGACGUAUUGAAAAGUUACCAAGAAUUUCAACUUGCCAAUACAUUGUAUUAUACAAUGAAGGAGAAUUAUACAAGUGAACAAGGUGCAAGGAUGAUAUCCAUGGACGGUGCUACUAAGAAUGCUGGUAUGAUAUAUCAACUUGUUAUAAUGAUCAACAGAAUGUCGUUGCUUUACAACGGAACUAGACAAGCCGUCAAGACAACAGAGCUGACUGAGAUCAUUUCUGGCGUUGCAGCUUUAGAAUAAAUAAAUUAUUUGGCUCCCAAAAGUUCAUUUGUUUCCAUGAAAAAUAAACCAUUUAUCGUUGAUGAAUAAAAUUUGUACCCGUGU